GAGGCCGCCAGCUCCCCGCUGAGCACCGCCCCGGGCCCCUCCGCGGCUGCCUCCACAUCCCUGCCUGUCACGGUGUGGACCUCGUCCACUUCCGUGGUCACCACCCCGAGGCCCCCAGCAUCCAGCAGCACACACUUCACCACCGGCUGCUUCUGCCGGGCAUAUGGGCAGCUCUUCUCUCCCGGGGAUGUGGUCUACAACAAGACGGACGGUGCGGGCUGCCACUUCUCUGCCGUCUGCAACCAACGCUGCGACAUUGACCGCUUCCAGGGCACCUGCCCCACCUCCUCGCCCCCGGCAUCCUCGGCGCCCCUGUCCCCCUCCUCCGCAGCUCCUCCCUGCGACCUCCUUGUCCCUCCCCGACAGGUGAACGAGUCCUGGACCCUGCCGGACUGCACGGUGGCCCGGUGUGAAGGCAACAACCGCAUGGUGCUUCUGGAGCGGAAGUCAGCGGCCAGUGUGAGCUGCGUGAACGGGCAUCGGCCAGUCAGAGUGUGGCAGGGGAGCGAGCCGUGUGACUUCCGUUUUGAGUGCGAGUGCUUGUGCAGCGGCUGGGGUAACUCUCACUACAACACCUUUGACGGCACCUCCUACUCCUUCGUGGACAACUGCACCCACGUGCUCAUGCGGGAGAUCCGCCCGCGCCACGGGAACCUCAGCAUCUACAUGCACAACUACUACUGUGGGGCCACCUCAGCCACUGCCCAGUGUCCCCGCGCCCUCAGCGCCCGCUAUAAGUCCACGGAGGUCAUCCUCACCACCAGCACCGGCGCCAACGGGCAGGAGGAGCCCCUGAUAUUGUUUGACCGAAAGCAAGUGAGCCCGGGCUUUGCAAAGAACGGCGUGAGUGUGUCCGUGACAGGCACCACCACGAUGGGCAUGGACAUUCCUGCCCUUGAUGUCAGCGUCAGCUUCGACGGACACGUCUUCCAGGUCCGGCUGCCCUACACCCACUUCAGCCACAACACGGAGGGCCAGUGCGGCACCUGCACCAACAGCCAGACAGACGACUGCCGCCGGCCAGACGGCACCACCGCCCCCACCUGCCAAGACAUGGCCCAUACCUGGCUGGUCCAAGAGAGCAGCAGGGAGGACUGCGGGGCACCCACCCCCCAGCCCCCGGUACCCGCCACGCCCACCUCCUCCCCAUGCCCCCCAGCACCUCUCUGCGAGCUGUUGCUGAGCCCGGUCUUCGCAGAGUGCCACGGCCUCAUCCCGCCGGGCCCGUUCUUCAGCUCCUGCGUCAGUGAUGGCUGCCGAGCCGACCGCCAGGCGCCCUGCGAGAGCCUGGAGGCCUACGCAGCACUCUGCCGUGCCCAGGGCGUGUGCAGCAGCUGGCGCAACGCCACCGGCGGGCUGUGCAAUUUCACCUGUCCGUCCGGCAAGGUGUACCAGCCAUGUGGCCCCGCACAGCCUGCGUCCUGCGACUCCAGGCACCAGAGCGAGGUGGGCAAGGGGCUGGCGGAAGGCUGCUUCUGCCCGGAUGGACACACCCUCUUCAACACGCACACAAACGUCUGCGUGCGCGAGUGCGGCUGUGUGGGACCAGACGGGUUUCCCAAAUCUCCCGGGGAGCGGUGGGUCAGCAACUGUCAGGACUGCUUGUGUCACGAGGGCUCCCUGUCCGUGCGGUGCACGCCCGUGCUGUGCGAAGCCCAGGACCGGCCCCUGCAGUGCAGCCGGGCGGGCCUGGUGACUGUGACCAGGCCUGUGGCUGACAAGCCGUGCUGCCUGGAGACGCUGUGUGUCUGCAACACGACCACCUGCCCCCAGAGCCCACCCAAAUGUGUGCCGGGAGAGGAGCUGGUGGCCACCCAGGAGGAGGGCGACUGCUGCCCCACCUUUAGCUGCCGACCUAAGCUGUGCACCUACAAUGGCACCGCCUAUGGGAUCGGUGCAACCUUCCCAGCGGUCACUCCCUGCCACACAUGCACCUGCCUGUCCGUGGACACCCAGCACCCAACGGUGCAGUGUAAGGAGGACAACUGCAGCACCACCUGCCCCCAGGGCUUCCAGUACCAGAAGGUGGACGGACAGUGCUGUGGGGAGUGCGUGCAGACAGCGUGUCUCACGCCGGACGGCCGGCUGGUCCAGCCCAACGAGACCUGGGUCAGCAACCUCGUGGACAACUGCACGGAGUACCGCUGCGACGCCAAGAACGGGCUCCACGUGCUCACCCCGAGGCCGCUGCCCUGCCCGGACCCGUCCAGCUGCAAGGGCAUCCUCAGGAAAACUGGCUGCUGCUACUCCUGUGAGGAAGUGGACUCCUGUCAAGUCCGGGUCAACAGGACGGUCCUGAGACACCAGGGCUGCGCCACCCAGGCCCCGGUCAACGUCACCUUCUGCGAGGGCUCAUGCCCAGGAGUGUCCAAGUUCUCCAUGGAGGCCCAGGCCAUGCAGCGUCAGUGCACCUGCUGCCAGGAGACGAGGCUUCACGAGGAGGUGGUGACCAUGCAGUGUCCCGAUGGGACAGCGGUCCAGCACACCUACACCCACGUGGACGAGUGCAGCUGUGCUCCGUCCUGCGUCCCUGCUCCCGAGGCUCCCGAGGACAGCACCCCCAUCUUCUCGAUCUAGGGGUCCACCACUGGCUGUUGCCAUUCUGACCCCAUCCCACAAGCUCCCUCCCUCCCACUCCGGAGCCAGAACACUCACUACGCAACCGCGGAUAGCCGGGCCAGCCUGCUGCAGGACUCCGAACACACCCUCCACCCGUGCCCUCGCAACACCUGCGCCCUGGAGGUGAUGGUGCCAUGACGGCCUGCCCGAGGGGGGCUCCAGGAGGGGGCCUCGCCCUCGGAGCCCCUUCAGCACGUCUUGGCCACCUGCUUGGCCAUCAGGGCCGACCCCUCAUUUGAGACACAAGCGCCUGCUCCGUCCGGACUCGCCCCCUUCUUGGUGUCAGAGGUGUGCCCCAUAGCAAAGUGCGCAUCAGCUGCCAUGCUGCUCUCCGCACUGUGGGCCGGCGUGCCCCCCUCCUGCCCCCCGCUGCUCCUCAAAGCCCCGGGGAACAGAUUCCUGCUGGCUACCUCCUGCAGCAGAAUUCAGGCUGAGGCCCGUCCAGGCAAGGCCAGGCCGGCAGCCUCCAGGGAGCGCUGUCAGGCAGGCCCAUGUCUGGACCCAGGCGUGGGGUUACCAUGGCCGACAGGAGGGCCCCGGGCAGGGGUGGGGGGCGUCGGAGCUCCCUCUGCUCACUCCGCCCCGAUCUUGCAAAUAAACGCUGAGCAUUG